GAGUGAACGAGUGCCUGCAGGGGGCCGGGGGCUGCUCCCACUCCUGCCGGGACCUCCCCGUGGGCUUCGAGUGCCGCUGCCCCCCCGGGCUGGGGCUGGGCCCCGACAACCGCACCUGCCACGGCCCCCCCGGGACCCUCCUGGUGGGGACCCGGCACCAGCUCCUGGCCCUGGGGGGUCCCGAACCCCAAAUCCUGCGGGGGUCCCUGAAGCACGCGGCCGCGCUGGAGGCGGACAUUGAGGGGGGGUCCCUGUUCUGGGGGGACCCCAGCGAGGGCAGGAUCUACAG